UUUAGAUAAGUUGUUGUGAUAGCAAAGGUAUGCUAAAACCUGCCACAUAUUGUUGCUCAACUAAAUUAUGCACAACUUGCAUGAGCUGGCUGUAAAUAGGCAGCGUAAAAAGACAGUAAAAAAACACUGGCAGUUCACAGCGCACGCAGUUGCUUGAGGAAGAAGAAAAAACGAUUGACAAGCUGCGACGGUGACGCCGACGACGACGUCAGCGCCGACGGGGGCAGCGACUGCGACAUCAAACUGAGAAUUGGCGGCUGUAAGAGAAUUUUGAGAAGAUAUCAUAACUUGGAGCCAUAAAUAAACUGCGACAUAUGCAUUUCGAGCUGUCCAAGUGAACCGAACGAACCCAACAAAUAUAAAACUGAACCAGCGCCAGCUGAAAACAAUUCAAUGGAUACGAACGCCAGCAGCAGUAGCAGCAGCAGCAGCGGCAGCAACGAUGAUCAGUCGAGUAAGACGUCAACAGAGGGAGAAGCAGCGAGGGCGACGUCGACAGCGACAGAAGAGUCUGUGCCUAUGGAUACUUUAGAGCCGCCCAGCGCCGGCGGCAGCUCCAAGACAUUAAAACGCUGCCUCAGCGUUCCCAUAAUACGCACGCUGCCGGGCAAAGCGACGCCGAUGACAACGCGCGCCGCCGCAGCGGCAGCAGCUGCGGCCCGGGAGCAUGAGCAGACACCAAAGAAGAAGGAGCAACAAGCACAGCAACAACAACAGCGUUGUGACUCUAGCAGCAGCAGCAGAAUCGAUUGCUUUGGCAAAAAUAUACACAUAAGAUCGCAGCCAAGUUCCAGGGAAGUUUCACCAGCUCCCAUGUUUAAUCUGUUUACGCCACGAGCGCGACGCUACUCUGCCAGCUAUAGUCCCGGACUUGGCGGUGCGGCGGGCGCAGCGACAGCGGCGGGAUCGGCGUUGUGUCUGACGCCUCGCGUGUCGCAGCUGCGUCAGGAGGAGUGCGCGGAUCUGAACAGCCGCGAGGUGAAUCAUGAGCGGGAGGUGCAUCGCGAGAUCCAAAUCUCACAGAGCUGGGAAGAUCUCACCUUGGUGGCCGAGAACUGGUCCUGUAAAUCGGAUGAGUUCUCCAAUCCGCUGCAAGUGGUGCUGCCCCAAGUAGGCAGCAGCAGCGGCAACAGCACCAGCUGCUCCAGUCCCAGUCCCACCAGCAACAGGGCGGGCAUGCGUCUGCCCUACUCCCCCUCGCCGACACGUCGCACAUUCACCUCGCGCCGCUCCAUGUCUCCCAUUGCAAUGCGUCCCUCGUCGCUGGGUCCCGUCAAGCGCAAGUUCGAGCUGGACGACAAUAAUCCCGGCGUAAGCAACUGGAGCGUCUACUCGCCACCGCCGCUCAAGAAGAUCUUUACAGAUAGUCGCGGCUCUUCGCCCGUGUGCCAAUCGCCGUCGUCGGUGUGCCCCAGUCCCGAUUCGGGCACUUACGAUGGCCGCAUCACGCCCAAGCUGUUUAUCUCCAAGUUGUGCACCAAUAACAAUGCCGCCGGCAACAACAGCAGCGGCUGCCCCUCUCCCGUGUCUGCUUCGCCGAGCAGCGUCCUCACUGGCAACGGCUUGGAUGCCAUGUGUCUGGCGGGGAAUAGCCAAAGCCAGAGCAUUGAUGAGGGCAUCUCAAUACCGGAAAGCGAGCCAAACACUUGUCGCAGUCGCACCUCCUCUAUAUUGUCGACGGCCUCGUCGAGCAGUGCACUGGGUGGUCCCCAGUUGCUGGUCAACGAUAUGGUCGAUGAUGCCACUCUAAUGGAUGAUGCCAAGAGCGAAACGUCAUCCAUUGGCGGCUGCUCCACCAUCAGCAUUGAAUCUUCCUCCUGCGACAGUGGCGCCAAGACGGCGGCCACAUUUCUCAAUCGUCUUGCCGUCGAUGAUGGCGCCGCCUCCCCGCUCGCCCAGAAGAGUUUCUACAUCAACAAGCAGGGCUUCUCCGGGGCGAAGAAGUUUAUUGUGAAUCACGAGAAACUCGGCACGUCCAUGGAAUCAAGCAAGCCAAGCAAACUGGAUGUGCAGCAAAAGCUUUAAGUGAUCCAUAUGAUCACAUUGUACCAUAGAUGAACAGCCGCAUCCGCCUGCUCCUGAUCCUGCUGUUACCAGAUACUUAUAGACGUAGUUCUUAUGAUUAUGGCACCAAUUCAAGCGUUAAUUCUAAUACAGCACCCACCCAAUGUCCCGAGCUUUACUCAGUUCGCCUUAGUUGUAAGCCUCGUUGUAAAUAGUUAAGUUGUUUCUUUACACAUUGCAUAUCAUCAUUAUCUUUAUAUCUAACACUUCCAUUCCCUUUAUCAUCUAUAAUUCGCUCUUUUAUAUAACUAGAAACAUUUGUUUUUUUUUUUUUAUAUUUGUGCCCGAUCUUUUAUGUUUAUGUCCCAAUAAGCCGUUUUCUUUACCAAUUACUUUUGUCGUUUAUAUAGACGAUUGAUAUAAAUAUACGAUAUUUGCAUAUUCUUAUGAGGGAUAAGUCACAUAGUUUAUACAUAGCAUACAUAUGUAGCUAUAUUUAGAUAUAUUUACGGUACACUUAGUUGUUAGCCCGCUUAGAUCAUAGUACCAAUCCAAUUUUGCCAAAUAUGUUUCUUAUAAUUACUAUACAUACAUACGAACAUGUGUAUGCUACGUAUCCAAUUCAUAAUGGAUAUCUGCGUGUAUCCGAUCAUUAUCUUAACUUUGCCUAGCGAUCCAACUGUGUAUCGUGUGCGAAUUUAUUAUAACCUAGCUUCAAAAUGUAUUUUUUUUUUAAGAAUAGACACGAAAAUACAUAAUAAACAAGUUUAUUCUAUAAAUUA